AUGAACUCAAAUGAAGAACCUUUAAAGAAAAAACCACGAAAAAAUGUUGAAAGUAAACAGAAUGUACAUUGUGUCAAUGGAAGCCUUCCAGAAACAAAGACUGUGAAACCACGGAGAAAACAUAUUGCUAACUUUCGAUUAAAGUCAACUGGUUAUGAAGCAUGCCUUAGUACACAGGCUAAUGAUAGGAUUCCACUAGUUCUCACUGAUAUACAGCACUUACUUUUGCAUUCAUUAUUUGGAAAUUUGAACAUUACACAGUCCCCGAGAUGGUAUGUUUUAGACAAAUGUAGUCAUGUAAGUCAAACUACUUGUUGUAUUAUAGAAGGUUUGUCCAUUAAUCAAUUUGAAGAAUAUAAAAAUAAGUUACCAAAUACAUGCUCAAUAUUUGAAGAUUUUGUCGAAGUACUAACACCAUCUGUUUAUAAUGGGUCCCUUGUUAAAGAAUUAGCUUUAGUGCCAUUGACCGAAUCCGAAAAAGAAUGUAUUAUUCAAAAAUAUGGAAGUAUGAAUUUAGCCUUGGAAGUAAGAAAAGACCUAUUGGUAAUGAUGAGAGCUGUUUUUCCAAUUGAAUAUGACAAUCUCAAAGAAAUUGAAACUGAAUGUGAAGAUAAAUUCCCUAGAACUCAAUUAAUGUUAUCAGCUUGGCAGUUAAUUGAAGAAAAUUACCCAGUACCUUUAAAGGGAAAAUUAAAAAACAUCUAUUCAGAUUAUGUUUUUUCCAAGAAAGAAUAUAAAUCAGUUACACCCAAAUCUCCAAUGUUUGGGCUUGAUUGUGAAAUGUGCACCACAAAUGCGGGAUCAGAAUUAACUAGAGUUUCUGUUGUAGAUGAAAAAUAUAGAGUAGUAUAUGAAUCAUAUGUUAAGCCUUAUAAUAGUAUAACUGAUUAUUUAACAAGAUAUUCUGGUAUAACUGAAUCUAUAUUAACAAACAUUACAAAAAGAUUGGAAGACGUCCAAAGGGAAUUAAGUGAUAUUUUACCGCCUGAUGCGAUACUUAUUGGUCAAUCGCUAAAUAUAGACCUACAUGCUUUAAGAAUGUUUCAUCCAUAUGUGAUUGAUACAAGUCUUAUAUAUAACUUUACUGGGGAAAGGACACGCAAACCAAAACUAAAAACACUAGCUAAGGAAUUUCUUAAUCUUGAUAUACAAUCUAACAGAAAUGGCCAUUGCUCUGUAGAGGAUUCUAUAACAGCUCUCAAAUUAGUACAACUAAAGCUCACUAAGAAUAUUGAGUUUGGUGAUGCAGUGCACGAGAAUAGACAGAAGUAUAAAGAAAACUGCCAAAAAUAUACUACAAAGUCUGAAUAUGCAUUAUCGAUAUUCAAUCAUAUAAUCGAGCAGAAGAAAACUUCAUUGGUGGUCGGUUGUGAUGAUAUCACGGGGGAUUACCAUUCAUACCUGACGCAAGCAAAGGAUAGCUUAAGCGCUCAAUUUAAAAAGGGUAAACCAAAAAAGGUAAAAUUAAAUACCGUUGAAACAGUCUCUGAAAUUGUUUCAUCAGUUUCCAGUGCUGUCAAUGAGUAUAACUUGGUUAUGGCUCAUAUUAAAAUGAAUGAAUGCAAUCAUAUAACAGAUAUUGAUGAGUGGAUUAAAGAUAUUUGGAAUAGUCUCAAGCAGUCUUCUCUGUUUGUUGUUAUACUUAGCGGUACAACUACGCAAAAUGGAGUAGCUAUGAUAAAGGUUAAAAAUAAAUGA